AUGCCUCUUCCAUGGAAGAAGGCAAAGCGCUCAAGAAUUUCCCAAUUGGUGGCCGACCAUCUCAACACUCCAAAACAUGGAGGCUCUCUUGUUGUGGAGACCGGUUUCCCCACUUCCCUUGUGGAUCUUUUUGUCAAGAAUCGCGAUCGGUUGAAGAAACCUUCAAAGAAAAAGCGUUCUACUGCCCUAGAUCCGAAGGUACAAUCUUUUUCCCCAUUGCCGCCGUUCAAGAAUUCUUUGAACUCCAAUGAUUCAUCAAAUGCUAGCGCUUUGGAUUCUGAAUCAGAGAAUUCGAAUCAGGGAACGUGUUUUGCUAGUGGGGUUGGUGAUGAAAUUGUUGUUGGAAAUGUUGUAUCUAGUUUUGAGUCAAAUGUUAGGGUGCGUGGGGGUGAUCAUAUUGUUGUUGAGGAAGGUGUUGAGAUUGCAAAUUCAAAAGGGGUUUUGAUGGUGGUUUGGAAGAUGUUUUUUGUGGUGGUUUUGGCUUUGGGGACUAAGAAAUUCGCAGUUGGGGUCACUCUGUCUGCUUUCUUGUUGUUCUCCCUGGAAUAUGUUGGGGUGCAUAUAUGCAGAUUUUUUAUACCAUGUUCUGAGGCGAAAAAAUUGUUGAAAUCUUUGAUUCAAAGGGUUAUGUGCUUUGGUAGAACCAAACAGGGCGAGGUAGAGGAAGAGCUUAGUGGUUCGAAGAUACAUAGGGGGAGAGAAGUGUCCCUUAUCUCUGAUUGUUCUGCUUUGAUUAAGGGUCAUGACUUGAAUACUCAAAUUGUAUGGCCCAAGUCCAUCGUUGAGGAUAUUCAAGUUGAGCAGCCUAAGUCUUACAUAGAGGAAAUUCAAAGUGUGAAUGAGAUUCCCGAUGAUACACACUCAAAGAACGUGGUUGUGGAGAAAGAAGAGGAUUGUGGAAGUGAAGUUUCAGAUUUUAAGAAUGUAAAGUCUCGUAGAGCUAAGUUAAAAUCGAAGAUGAAGAAACUUUUCCUAAAGAAGCUACGUAGUUCAAAGAAGAGAGGGUUAGAUUUGAAAAGUGAAGUAUGCAGUCCAGAGGGAGAAGAUAAGGUCGAAGAAUUGGGUGAGGACAAUGAUAAGGAACCAUGUGAAUUGGUAUCUGAUGACCGACUAUUGUCUCUGUCAAGUAGAAGAUAUGAUGGACAAGAAGAUGCUGAUGCCAUUUGUAGCUCAGAACGAUUGUUGCAGGGGGAAAUGGAAACAGCUGUUGUUAGUGAAGGGGUGCAACUAGAUACACGGAGAAAUUCAGGGUAUCUGGCUCUUUUUCUGAUUGUUCUUGCUGGACUUGUCGGAGGCCGGAUUUUGGCACUUCUGCUUACCUUAUGCUGGUGCUUGAUGUUGAAAUCUGGUGAACAACUUAGGAGAUGUGUAAAGGUGUCCAUGGUCAGGUCCUUUGUUAAGUUCUCAUGUUAG